UGACUCACCGGAGCACGGAGCACACAAACACACAAACACACAAACGCACAAACGCACAAACACACAGACACACAGACACACAGACACACAGACACACAGACACAAAAGACACCUGAGAACAGACACAGCAGCGCUGAGAUGGCUUUCACAUACCCUGCAGCUCGACGGGACGAGGAGAAGGUGGACGACUAUCAUGGGGUGAAGAUUCCUGACCCUUACUGGUGGCUAGAGGACCCAGACAGUGAGGAGAGCAAGGCAUUUGUAGAGGAGCAGAAUAAGCUGACCAUGCCAUUCCUGGAGAAGUGUGAGGUCAGGGCUCAGUUCCACCAGCGGCUGACCGAACUCUACAACUACCCCAAAUACAGCUGCCCCUACAAGAGAGGACAAAGAUAUUUUUACUUCCAUAACGAGGGUCUGCAGAAUCAGGAUGUCCUGUAUGUUCAGGACUCUCUGGAUAGUCCUGCUUCCGUGUUCUUCGACCCAAACAAACUGUCUGAGGACGGCACCGUGGCUCUCAAGAUGGCGCGUCUGUCAGAGGAGUGCGAGUAUUUUGCGUACGGUCUGAGCAGCGCUGGCUCUGACUGGGUGACGGUCAAGUUCAUGAAGGCUGAUGACCUCACUGAGCUGCCGGACAUCCUGGAGAGGGUGAAGUUCAGCUGCCUGGGCUGGACUCACGAUGCUAAAGGUGUAUUCUACAACUGCUACCCACUACAGGACGGCAAGGCUGAUGGUACUGAGACCACAUCCAACCUCAACCAGAAACUCUAUUACCAUGUGAUUGGUACCAGCCAAUCCGAUGACGUCCUGGUGGCGGAGUUUCCUGACCACCCGAAGUGGCACAGCAGCGUCACUGUGUCUGAUGAUGGACGGUAUGCAGUGUUGUCUAUCACUGAAGGCUGUGAGCCAGUUAAUCAGUUGUGGUACUGCGAUUUACAUCAGCUGCCAAACGGCAUCUCAGGUUUGUUGCCGUGGGUGAAGCUGGUGGAGACGUUCGAGGCGCAGUACUCCUAUGUGACUAACGAGGGCAGUGUGUUCACCUUCCGCACAAACCUGGACGCUCCACGCUACCGAGUCAUCAACAUCGACCUCCAGGAGCCGGAGGAAGAGAAGUGGAGCACGCUCAUCCCUCAACACGACAAGGACGUCCUGGGCUUUGUGCAGUGUGUGAACCAGCACCACCUGCUGGUGAACUACGUGCAUGAUGUGAAGGACAUCCUGCAGCUGUACGAGCUUUCCACUGGGAAGUGGAUCCGUGACCUGCCGCUGGACGUGGGAACGGUGGUGGGCCUGAGCUGCAAGAAGAAACAUUCCGACUUCUUCUACAAGUUCACCUCCUUUACCUCCCCCGGAAUCAUCUACCACUUUGAUCUGAGCGAGCCCAACGCCGAGCCCACCGUUUUCAGACAGGUGGAGGUGAAGGGGGUUCACGCCUCAGACUACCAGACCAGCCAGGUGUUCUACCCCAGUAAGGACGGCACUAAGAUUCCCAUGUUCCUGGUUCAUGCACGCGACAUACGGAAGGACAGCUCCCACCCGAUCUUCCUCUACGGAUACGGAGGCUUCGAGAACGCCAUACAGCCAUACUACAACACGGCAAACCUGCUCUUCGUGCGGCACCUGGGGGGAAUCCUGGCCGUGGCCAACAUCAGAGGAGGCGGAGAGUACGGACAGACCUGGCACAAAGCGGGCACUCUGGGGAAUAAGCAGAAUUGCUUCGAUGAUUUCCAGAGUGCGGCGGAGUAUCUGAUCCGGGAGGGCUACACCACCCCCAGCCGUAUAGCCAUCAAUGGAGCCUCUAACGGGGGGUUACUCGUGGCUGCAUGUGUGAACCAGCGUCCGGACCUGUUUGGCUGCGCCGUGGCUGAGGUGGGGGUGAUGGACAUGCUCAAGUUCCACAAGUUCACCAUCGGCCACGCCUGGACAACCGACUAUGGCUGUGCGGAUGACCCUGAGCAGUUCAAAUAUCUCAUCAAGUACUCCCCCCUCCAUAACCUCCCGCCGGCCGGCAGCGAGGGUCCCCCGUUUCCGGCUAUGCUGAUGCUGACAGCGGACCAUGAUGACCGCGUGGUUCCUCUGCACACUCUGAAGUACACGGCCACCCUGCAGCACAGCAUGGGCCGCAGACCUGGACAGAAACAGCCUCUGAUGGUUCGGGUGGACACGCGCAGCGGCCACGGAGCCGGAAAGCCCACCACCAAGGCCAUCCUGGAGGACACGCACAUCUUCUCCUUCAUAGCCCAGACCCUCGGCCUCAGCUGGAAGGAGUGAGAGCAGGAGUGAGGGAUGAAAGGUCAGGAAAGAGGAGGUGGAGAGGGAGGUUAAAGGGUGUGGGAUCUGGGAAAGUUCUGUAGUGAGACGUUCUAAAGAAGCUCUUGAGUAUUUAGUGGUUUUAUUAAUCAGCUUUGUCUGAGUCAGCGCUGAUCUACAUCACCGCCGUUACGAUCGCGUUCAGGAACGCUUAAAAUCAGAACCUCAUCAGAAUUUUCAGAAAAGGAUUUUAAAAGAUACUGUAACAGAUUCUGUAACUCCUUAUGUCUUUUUCACAUUAUUUUAAAACCACACAAUAAACAAUGCAUUCUUACAGUGUA